AUGGGGAUCAUGGCUGUCCUGAUGCUACCCCUGCUGCUGCUGGGAAUCAGCGGCCUCCUCUUCAUCUACCAGGAGGCAUCCAGGCUGUGGUCGAAGUCUGCCGUUCAGAACAAAGUGGUGGUCAUCACCGACGCCGUCUCGGGACUGGGAAAAGAGUGUGCUCGGGUGUUCCAUGCGGGUGGAGCAAGAUUGGUGCUGUGUGGGAAGAGCUGGGAGAGACUGGAGAGCCUGUACGAUGCCUUGACCAGUGUGGCUGACCCCAGCAAGCAAACAUUCACCCCAAAGCUGGUCCUCCUGGAUCUCUCAGACAUUAGCUGUGUUCAAGAUGUGGCCAAAGAAGUCCUGGACUGCUACGGCUGUGUGGACAUCCUCAUCAACAACGCCAGCGUGAAAGUGAAGGGGCCUGCCCACAAGAUUUCUCUGGAGCUCGACAAAAAGAUCAUGGAUGCCAACUACUUCGGCCCCAUCACCUUCACCAAAGUUCUGCUUCCCAACAUGAUCUCCCGGAGGACAGGCCAGAUCGUGUUGGUGAACAACAUCCAGGGCAAGUUUGGGAUCCCGUUCCGCACAGCUUAUGCAGCCUCCAAGCAUGCCGUCAUGGGCUUCUUCGACUGCCUCAGAGCUGAGGUUGAGGAAUACGAUGUCGUGGUGAGCACCGUGAGCCCCACUUUCAUCCGUUCCCACCACGUCUACCCUGAGCAAAGAAACUGGGAGUCAUCCAUUUGUAAAUUCUUUUGCAGGAAGCUGAGCUAUGGCGCACACCCGGUGGAGGUGGCUGAGGAAGUGAUGCGCACGGUGAGGAGGAAGAAGCAAGAGGUGUUCAUGGCAAACCCGGUCCCCAAGGCCGCUGUGUUCAUCCGCACCUUCUUCCCCGAGUUCUUCUUCGCCGUGGUGGCCUGUGGGGUGAAAGAGAAGCUCAAUGUCCCAGAAGAGGGUUAA